AAUACGUCACGUCCGGUUGUUGCUAGCCAACGAGACGACUCCAUUUUUGUUUGUAAAUAGGAGAAACAAUAUACAUUUCUUCAAAGUUCUUCGUUGGAAUAGAGAACAGAUUUAAAUUGCAAAAUGCCUGCCAAAAAGAAGAAGAGUGGGAAGAAGGGUAAAAAGGGGAAGAAGUCUGGCAAGGCAAAGACCCCAACUGUCAUUGAUGGCAUCUCUACGGAGGAAAUGUCUAAAGAGCAGUUGGAAGAGCAUAUUGUACGUCUUCGUGAAGAGCUGGACCGUGAGAGAGAGGAGCGUAAUUACUUCCAGUUGGAACGUGACAAGGUUAACACUUUCUGGGAAAUCACUAAACGGCAGCUGGAAGAAAAGAAGGCAGAGUUGAGAAACAAAGAUAGAGAAAUGGAGGAUGCCGAAGAAAGACAUCAAAUUGAAAUCAAGGUUUACAAACAGAAAGUUAAGCACUUGUUAUAUGAGCACCAGAAUAACAUAUCAGAGCUGAAAGCAGAAGGAGCCGUGUCGUUGAAGUUGGCACAGGAUGACCACCGUGGAGAUGAGAUGGACUUACGUAAAGACAAAAGAGCCCUUAAAGUGUCUCUCAAAGAACAAGAACUCUCACAUGAAGAAAUUAUCAAAAACCUUAAGAGGAAACAUGAUGAAACUAUAACAGAACUGAGGACCGACUUUGAAAGACAAGCGCGGGAAAUUGAAGCAAAAUAUGAAAAGAAAAUGCGCACAUUGAGAGAUGAACUAGAUCUCAGGAGGAAAACAGAAAUUCAUGAAAUUGAGGAGAGGAAAAAUGGACAAAUCAAUUCUUUGAUGAAAAAUCAUGAAAAAGCUUUCAGUGACAUUAAGAAUUAUUAUAAUGACAUUACUCUAAAUAACUUGGCUCUUAUCAACACAUUAAAGGAACAAGUUGAAGAGAUGAAAAAGAAAGAUGAACGUAUGGAGAAACAGAUGGCCGAAAUCUCUGCCAAAAAUAAAAUGUUGGCUGAACCUCUUCAGAAGGCCCAGGAAGAGGUGGAAGAAUUAAAGAAAGAAUUGUCCAGUUAUGAGAAAGACAAAGAAACUCUGAGGAUGACAAUGGCAAGAUUGAGAUUGUCGGAGGAAGAUAACAAAUCUCUGAAAUGGGAACACGAGGUGCUGGAACAAAGAUUUGAGAAGACACAGGAAGAGAGAGAUGAGUUAUACAGAAAGUUUGUCAAGGCAAUUCAUGAGGUACAACAGAAGAGCAAUUUCAAGAACUUGCUACUGGAGAAGAAACUUGGCGCUCUUGCAGACACACUUGAAAAGAAGGAGGCUCAGCUGAAUGAAGUUUUAUCGGCUUCAAAUCUGGAUCCGACUGCCUUAACAGUUGUCACACGCAAACUUGAGGACGUACUUGAUUCCAAGAACAGUGCUAUCAAGGAUCUGCAGUAUGAAUUAGCCAGAGUCUGUAAGGCUCACAAUGAUUUAUUACGAACAUAUGAGGCAAAGCUGAACCAGUUUGGCAUUCCAACAGAAGAACUUGGGUUCAAGCCUUUGGAGAGCACAGUCGGUGGUCAAACAUUGGGCCAGGGACCAGCAGGCCUCGUUUCAGCACCAUCUUGAACAUCUUAGAAACAACAGUUCAUUUUUUUUUUAAACAUUUUUUUCCUACUUUUUAAAAUUAAAUCAGAUAAUACAAGGCGAACAUUUUAUGAUAUGAAUAUGUUUUUUAAAAAGCAUGAAUACUUUUGACACCAGAGAGUUGUUAAAAUACAUUUUUGGAAACAUAUAUAGUUUUAUUGGAUGAUAGUUCAAAAUGUUUUAUCAAAGAAAGUGUUAGAUGGACAUGUAAUUUCUAAUAGUAAUUAAUACCUUGUCAGUUUCUACAUUAUAUAGAAGGAAGUUUUAAAGGAAAUAUUUUCUUUUAUUUUAUCUGUGAUAUACUUUAUAUUAAUAUUUAACUUUUUGUUGACUGUUAUUGUCACAUUGAAAUAGUAAAGGUAAAAAUGAAUGAGAGAAAGGUAUGCAUGAGUUGUACAAUUAUGUUCAAAUAUUUUAUAAUAGAAAGAAGAGUAAACUUGAUCAUGAUUUGUAAUAAAAAAAUCGAAACUUUA